AUGGACAUUCAUACACACCAGCAUCGACGAACCUAUGGAAGGCCAACCUCUACCUUCGGGGAACAAACGCGGACAAAUGUAGACAAGACAGGCAGAAGCAUCUCAUCGUUGAAGAAAACAUCAUCACCAAGCGGCUCUGUGAACCCGCUCUCGUUAGCCACUGCAAUUCUCAAAUCAUGCCCGAUGUACGACACUAUCGCCAUCCUCAUCUUUCUCCUCCAACUGCCUCCAAUAGUCUUGACCCUUGUUCAGUUCUUGUUUGCAUCUCUAACCUUCAUGCCUCCUGCUGGCGUUUCUACGAACGUUUUGACUUCGAAUUUCGACAUUUUUCAGGGUCCUGCUGGAACUCCCUCCCUUUCAACAAUGAUCGCCAUGGAUGGGUUUUGUCUCUUGGUUUGGGGCCUCUUUAUGUGGACGUGGGCGCAGAAUUUCGCUAUAGAUCUCGCUCAGGUCCAGGUUGCGAUCACAAUGGGAGGAGGAAGUUCGGGGAAAAAUGAAGGAGUCAAUGCUUUCUGCGUCUUGAUGGUUCUGAUCGUGCAUGUUGUUCGUAGUAAAGGUGUACAAGAUUUUGUCAUAAGUUACCUUUUGUCGGCCAAACUGAUAACCACGGAUACCCUCGCUCAAUAUUCUCACCUGGUUCCUCAAGAAUUCCGACGGAAAGAACCUCCAUCUUCGCCAAGCUGGUUGCGAAGUCUCCUUGCUGUUCAUAUCCUUGCACAAGCAGGCACUGCUAUGGCAAGGCGCUCGAUGGCCAAAAACCGCUCUUCUCCACCGACAAAAUCCGGAAAACGAACUGAUACCGAGGCAUCUGCUGGUUCCCAAACUCAUGUCGAUUCGUCGACGUUCGAAUCUGCCACGAAUGGUUCUUCUAUUUUGACUCCUGAUGGUGCUGUGAUCGGACCAUCUAUACUGAAAGAAAACCGAGAGCGACUCUCCAGUGCAAAGAAGAGACGAAGACAGGCGAAUCAAGUGAGAAGUAGGCAGCCGUUUUGGGCUGCUUUGGCAAGUACCAAAGUCACCGUGAUGCGAGAGUAUGAUCAUUCACGUAAUGGGACAUGGUCUGCUCCUCAUCAUCCGAUCACUGAAGACGAUGCCGAGGGAAUUCCCUUGGAUGAUGGGUUUAUAUGGAUUACGCAGGUCGAUAAUUCUUCGAUUAAGUUCGCGGCAAGCGAUUUUGCUCAGGUAGAUGAUGCCAUGUACGACAGUAGAGAUCAGGAUAUUCGUGCGGAACCUUUCUAUAUUAGGGUAAACGGUGCUCAUUGGGCGACUGUUACCCUUUCUAAAGUUUCUAAGAACGCAGGUGAACCCGCACUUGUCUGCUGGAGAGGGGAAAUUUCUGGGCUGGCGCCAGAUUCUCUAUCCGCCGUUAAUAUCUCGCCGUCGCCACGACAAUCUCUUCGGCCCUCUUCUCCCACAACUACCAUCAAAAAUUCCAUUGCCAAUGCUGAGGCAAAGCUGAAUGAACGUCGUGCUCGCCUAAAGCGGUCAAAAAAUGAUCACAAGCUACUUAUUUCCAGGUUGAAGAAAGAGGUUGAUAACUUCAAUACGCGUCUCAGUGGUGCUUCCGAUGAAAACCGACAAAGACAAAGAUUGCUACAACUUGAACGGACCAUUAAACAAACCGAAGAAGCCACUGCUGCAAUUGACAUUCAGUUACUGAAUCUGGAAGCUGUCCCGCAAAAUGAACUAGAAGAGUGGAAUUCUCGAAAGUGUGUCUUUGAUCAAGAGAUGGAUCGUGUAAAAUCGCUCAAGGAGGAGGUGGACAAUGCAAGGAUCAUGGCCAGCCGUAGUGUAGCUUCAGCGAAAUCAGAACUGACCUCGGUCAUCCAGAAGCGUGAACGACUACAAGGGCGCCGACAACGACUGACUGAACAGCAUGAGCGCAUUACUAGUGCUAAUAGCCAGGGUCUCAAUGAGCGGGAACGGAGGUCGGCGGAACAGCUUGCAAAGGAACGAGAACGUGCUAGUAUCGAAAAAACUUUCAACGACCAAUUAACAAGCAUUACUCGGUCAAUUCAGGAUUAUCAAAUUCGGACAACCCACAUCUGGCAGCAAGUCUCUGCCGUCGAGCAAGGAAACCACCAGCAACAAAUGCUGAUGACUGCAGGCCCCCUCACACCGGAAGGUGAUCUGCCAGGAACAAAUCCCCCACCCCCUGAAGCUAGCACAUCUACGAUGUCCCCUAUGCCCUCGACUACGAGGUCUCUUUCCGGCGCAAUGUACACGUCUGUUGGGACCAAUGAAGCGACAGGGCUUACUGACCGCCAAACUUCGAUUUCUCCAGUUGUGACAACUUCACACUUGAGUGUGGAGCAGCAACCAUACCCUUCCUCUCCAUUAGUUACUGCAGCCCCUUUCUUUGGACCGGAACCAAGGACGCACCGCCAUCGAUCACUCUCCAAUUUCUCUGGUGUUAACAUGCCGGUAGACCAAGUCAUGCCAAUGCGACUACGAGACUCACCUGAUUCUACAGAGGAGAUUAACCUGAAACGUGCAAUGCAUUUUGGACUAAAUACUCGCCGGUUUACUAGAGCCGGUAGCCAAGGCAGCGCUAGUGGUAGCGGAACCUGCUCUGGCAGCGGAAGUGGGAGUCCUCAUUCCAGUCGAGAGAAAUCGAGUUGGUGCUAA